GAUAUGUUCUAGGGUAUGUUCGAACAGAACAAGAUCUGUGAGCCAUGCGAUAUGAUCUGACUCGAUGUCUUCGUCAGAAUUGAUGCAGUCAGACUCGGUUUUGUUCGUAUUAGAAAUCAAUCGUGCCUAUGAAUCAUAAUCCCAUUAAUCAUCAACUUCCCCGCAUUAGCCUUAUCGUACACAGUAUACAACCCAGCGUAGACUGAGCAUUGGACGGACUUCAACAGUUACCCUACUUUUGCUACCACUUCCUCCAGUAUUUCCUGUAGAUCCAUAGACCAUGUCUGCACCCUUCAGCCAAGUCCCCUCUACGGCGAGGAUUACCCCACACCCCUUCACGGUGUCCAUUCCUCAGGAGCCGCUGACCGAGCUCCACACGUUGGUGAAGCUGUCGAAGAUAGGCCCUCGGACAUACGAGAAUUCCCAGCCAGACGCCCGCUUCGGCAUCACGUCCGAAUGGCUCACGGGGAUCCGAGAAAAGUGGCUGAAUGACUUCGACUGGAAAGCGUGCGAAGCUCGGAUCAACGACUUCCCUCAAUUCACAGCCGAGAUUGACGAGAUCCGGGUGCAUUUUGCGGCCCUUUUCUCAGAAAACCCUGAUGCAGUGCCCAUCGUGCUGCUCCAUGGAUGGCCCGGCAGCUUCCUGGAAUUUCUCCCCCUGCUCCAGCUGUUCCGCGAUGAGUUCUCCCCCAGCACCCUACCGUAUCAUCUCAUCGCCCCGUCCCUGCCAGGCUAUGGCUUCUCCUCUGGCCCCCCGUUGGACAGGAACUACAGCUCUCACGAUGCCGCCCGAGUCAUCGACAGAUUGAUGAAGGACCUGGGAUUCGAAAGCGGAUAUAUCGCCCAGGGAGGCGAUAUCGGCAGCCGGAUAUCGAGGAUUCUGGCCGUAGACUAUGCCAGCUGCAAAGCGGUUCAUUUGAACUUUUGUGCGAUCGCCACACCCCCACCGGGCGUGUCGGACGUGGACCUUACUCCCUUCGAGAAGAAAGGGCUAGCCCUCCGAGAGGAAUUCCUGACCUCGGGCCUCGCAUACGCCCUCGAGCAUGCCACGAGACCAAGUACCAUCGGUCAUAUCCUCUCUUCGAGCCCUCUUGCUUUGCUCGCGUGGGUCGGCGAGAAAUUCCUCACCUGGGCUGACGAGCCUCUUCCCUCGCAGACAAUUCUGGAGUUCGUCUCGCUCUACUGGCUGACGGACACUUUUCCGCGGGCGAUCUACCCUUAUCGAGAGGAGCUCCCCGUGUCGCCAGAGAAAAAGCCUCUGCGGUACAUUCAGAAGCCGCUGGGGUUCUCCUACUUCCCUGUGGAGCUGUUCCCCGUGCCCAAGAGCUGGGUCGAGACAACGGGGAAUCUGGUCUUUUGGAGGGAACACCAGCAGGGAGGCCAUUUUGCAGCUCUGGAGAAGCCGAAGGAGUUGAAGGCUGAUUUGACGGCGUUUGUGGAGCAGAUUUGGGGGAGGGAGUAGAUGAGAUUAUUAUUAUCACAGAUACUCACGAGUUAGGCAGUUUAUAUAACUGUGAUUGUUGUCCACAGAGAAGCACUUUCUCCCGAAGAUAGUGGUUGCGAUGCGUUUAAUCUGUAGUGUUCUAUAUAAACUACAAAGAGUAAAUAAAUACCCCACAUCCACCCCGGCAGAUCAACCACUAGAAAGCUCUAGCCCCAAGCUAUCGCGACAGGCAAGACUCACUAAAUCAGUCCAUACUGUUGUACAACAUGUCCGACACAUCACAAAACCAAUUCUCACCUCACUCCACGCCGAGACGUCUCGCCAUCCCCUAGCACCCCUCCCAACUAUUUAUAUUGUAAAUCCCACCCAUACACACCACAAUCAACUCACAUCCCCAACUCAACAUGCCACGACCAAAACGCCAAACGCGCACGACGGACAUGUCCAU